AUGCUUAGAACUAUAUUCAAACGAGCAAUGUCAACAAAAGCAUCCCCAUAUAAGGCCAAAGUCACCGCAGUUGAACCUUUGCAACAAGGCAAAUGGAUACAAACCAGGAAAAUAGAAUAUAAUGACCCCGACGGGAAACCCAAGCAGUGGGAAAUGGCAGUAAGAACAACCAGAUCAGACACCACCAAUGUCGACGCUGUAUCUAUCGUCUCAGUCCUUCAUCAUGAAGACAAAGCUAAAGAAUUGGUGUUGGUUAAGCAGUUUCGUCCACCUUGUGAAAAGGUUUUGAUUGAAAUGCCUGCUGGUUUAGUUGAUCCCAAGGAGUCGAUAGAAACAACUGCAGUCAGAGAAUUGCUUGAGGAGACAGGGUACCAUGGCACGUUCCGCAAACAGUCCCUGGCAAUGUUCAGCGACCCCGGUUUGACUAAUGCGAAUAUGGUUUUGGCACACGUGGACAUUGACUUGAAAAACCCCAAAAAUCAGAAUCCAGUACCACAAUUGGAAGAAAAUGAGUUUAUCGUGACAUUUACAUUGCCGUUGGAUAACUUGUUGGAAGAAAUAGAAAAGGUUUGCCAAAAGGAAGGCUGCUCUGUUGAUGCGAGGUUGUAUCAUUUUGCCAAAGGUAUAGAAUUGGCAAAGAGUUUAGGGUUAUAA